AUGUCAUUGUUGUCAGCUACUUGUAGAAGAAUAAAUGCAUACCGGCAUUUAGUAUGUACAUCAGUAUCACCACUAUCUAUUGCUCGAACAUUAUCAACAGCACCACAAAACACGUAUGACUCCAAGAAGUUUGCCGGCUACAAAGUACUGUAUAACUUAGAAACCAUAAAAAAUAUUAGCAUACUUAAUAGAUUGAAGUAUCGUAUGACAAUAGCGGCAGCGGUUAUUGUACCUGGAUGUUCCGCACUAGACAGUCUUGGAUUUUUAUCUGCGGAUUUCUCACAACCAUUAUCAUUUUUAACAAUUGCAAUCACUUUCUUCUUUCAUGGCGUUGGAUUAUUUUGUAACAAUGUGAUCGGAUACAUUUACUUCAAACCUAAAAGCGAUGACUUAAAAAUUUCUUACGUUAAUUAUUGGGGAAAAAGAAUUGAUAUUGAUGCAGAUGCUAAGACUGUUAAAUGCACUGAAAACUCUUCUUUGCUCUACCGACCUGUAUUCAAUACAGUAACUACUGAAUCAACUAAAGCGAAGCUUAGGUUGUAUGUUAAGGGAAAAGUUAUGGAUGAAAAAUAUUUUGAUAAUAUAUUUGGUAUUCCUUUCUAA